ACAGAAGAAGAAGUUGCCAUGGCAGCGCUUGCUGUUUGGCUCAGUGUAGCCGAGCUGCAGCUGCGGCUAACGCUAACGCUAGCUAGCAGUUAUUAAAACUUAAACUUUUGUCACUACCGACGUUUGUGGGACAGCACGAUACUUCACCAUGCCGCCAAAGAAGACCAAAAGCAAAAAGGCCGGGCAGAGGAAGUCUUCUUCUGCUGUGGUGGACGGUCUUUCAACAGAAGAGAUGUCCAAGGAUCAGCUGGAGGAGCACAUAGUUCGCCUCCGAGAGGAGCUGGACAGGGAGCGGGAGGAGAGGAGCUACUUCCAGCUGGAGAGGGACAAGAUCCAGGCCUUCUGGGAAAUCUCCAAGAGGAACCUGGAGGAGACGAAGGCCGAGCUGAGGAACAGACAAAGGGAGAGAGAGGAGGCGGAGGAGCGCCACCGAGUGGAGAUCACUGUGUACAAGCAGAAGCUGAAGCACGUCCUGGCCGAACACCACGGCGCGAUCUCUGUGCUGAAGACGGACGGCAUCACCUCGACCUCGCUGAUCCAGAACCAGCACACAGAGUCAGAGGUUGCGCUCCAGGGAGAAAAGCACGGCCUGCAGGCGGACCUCAGGGAGAAGAAGCUCCACAACGAAAAUUGCAUCAAGGAGCUGAAGCUGAAACACCAGGUGGAGCUAAUGGAGCUGGCAAACAUCUACGACAGAAGAAUCAGAGGACUUGAGGUGAAAUAUCACAAGAAAAUGCAGACGAUGAUCGAAGCGGAGGGCAAAAGGCGGCGGGCCGAGAUCAACGAGAUUGAGGACAGAAUGAAGAGUCGCGUGGUGACUCUGGUGGAGGACCACGACAGAGCUCUCCGAGGCGCUGAGGAAUACUACUCAGCCAUUCAAACCAAACUGCUGGCGGAUCAGAAGGAGCUGAAGGAGGAACUUGCAGAGGCAACGAAGCUGCAGGCGCGAGCGGACAAAGAGCUUUCAGCAGCCGAGCAGGAGAACAAACGCCUGAGAGAGUCUCUGCAGGACGCCCAGCUGAGGCUGCCCGAGCUCCAAAAACAGCUACAAGACUACAACCAGGCCAAGGCCGCGAUGGUGACGACCAGAGCUCGAGUGAAGGUCGUUGAAAAGGAGCUGAGGGAUCUGACGGUGGAGCACGAGCUGCUGCUGCAGGCGUUUGAAAAGGUUCAGCAGGAGCGAGACGAGCUGCUGAAGCGGCAGACAGAGGCCAUCCUGGACGUGCAGCAGAAGAGUGGCCUGAAGGAGCUGCUGCUGGAGAGGAAGCUGGCAGCGCUGACUGAAACGCUGGAGAAGAAGGAAGCUCAGCUCUGCGCCGCGCUCUCGGCCUCCUACGUCGACCAAACUGCAGGCAGCAGCGCCGCAAACAGACUCGAGGAAAUACUGGAGUCUAAGCACGCCACCAUCAGCGCCUUGCAGAGUGACUUGGCUCAGGAUCGAAAGGAGUACGACGACCUGCUGCACACCUGUAGGGAGAAGCUGAAGGCUCUGGGUGUUCCUCUGUACGACUUUCCCUUCAGGCCCUCAGAGCAGAUCCUGGGGGGACAGAACUCUGCUGGACCUGCCACUAAACACUGAACUCCUCCAGGUGUCAUGUUCACACUCUGCUCCAACUGGAUAAUUUCAAAUCCAAACUACUUGACUUCUUCUCUACCUCUCGCUCUCUUUGAUCAAAACACGAGUUGCAUGCGAUAAUGAACACGCAGAUUUUACAUACUGUUUUGAACAAAUCUAAAUGUUCUUUCUGAGGGGACUCGUCCUUCAUCCUGCUGCUGAGAAUUUUCUGAUGCUGCUGGUGAUGACAGUGUUUACCAGGUAAACUAAAUCACUAAGGUUGUUGUAAACAACAAUAAAUAAUGCUUUUAUCACAA